GUAGAGGUGGCAACUCGGCAUCGACGCAGCACCGAAUACAAAACAGAAUGCACGACCAGUCAGCGGAAGAUGCCGCCUGUGCGAUAAUGUCAUGGGUGGAACGAGCCGAUAGUUUUUAACAUGGUGGCAAGUGGCAGUUGGCCCGUUAAGGAUGACAUAAAAGUCGAUUCGCCAUGGCCGAAUUGGAUAAAAGUCUGACAUCUAUGGACUGGUUACCGCGUUUAAAUGUCCGAGGUGGUAUUAAUGGUGGAUCGGGGGACGGCAAUUUGGACUGCUGUGCUGCAAGCAACGACUGCAAUCCGAAAGAGAGUAAACCACCUUAUAGUUAUGCCUCUUUGAUAUCUUUUGCUAUCAACAGUUCUCCUACAAAGAAAAUGACUUUGAGCGAAAUAUAUAACUGGAUAUCAACCAAUUUCUCUUAUUAUAGAAAUGCUGGAAAUGGUUGGAAGAAUUCUAUUCGACAUAAUUUGUCGCUGAAUAAAUGUUUCCGUAAAGUUCCUCGUCCCAAAGAUGAUCCAGGAAAGGGAUCAUAUUGGGCAAUAGAUCAUUCUUCGACAGAUUCUAUAUCCAGGAAGAAAAAGCCAAAACUUAAUUGUCCUUAUAGCCCAGAUGAUGGUUAUAGUAACAUGUCAUCAAUGUCUGGAUGGCAACAAUCACCUCCAGCAUGUCAUCAGGACAUUCCACCAUUAGUUCACAAUCACUAUCAGAGUAUGGAUAGGAUAGAACAGUCAAGAAGUCAAGAAAAUACUUAUCCAGAAAUGGGACCUCUGCAGAAAACACCUACAAAAAGAGGCAGACCACCUAUCAACCGUUCAAGAUUGGAAACAAAUCUUAUAACUGAUUAUACGGAAACAAGAAGAACAGUUUCUUCAACUGCUACAGAACGAUGUUCUGGUGCUCCCAUUGGCAAUGCUUCCCAUAAUCGCUGCCACUUACAAAUGAAUGGUACACAAGAACCAGCAUCUAUGGUAAAACCGGUCAGUAAUACUUCAUGGGAUUUAGCUCAAAGUUUAGAUUGGCUGAAAGAAAAUGCAAGAAUGGUUGGAAGUGGAAAUCUACAGGAUAUUGAUAUGUCACAGUUUCAAGCUAUGAUGGAGAAUAUGAAGUCUAUAGAUCCCACAAAUUGGAUGCUCUCGCAAGAUCAGUUAGCUGAUUUAACUUCAUCUCUCAAUACAUUAUUUACUCAAUCCAAUACUUCAUGUGCAGUUUCUGAAUCUGUUGGAAAUUUUUAUUCUACAUCAGCUAACUGUAGUUUUAUGUCCAUGCAACAAAUACAUGGUAAAGAUGCUAGCAGUCCAAUGGGAACGGUGUCUUCAGAGAGUAGUAAUUUGUCUUGUACAUCACAUUCCGAUUUAAGCCCUUUGACCGCCGUUCAGCGUCCGUUACCAACUACUUCCCAGGAAGAUGAGGACGAUGACAUAGAAGAUGAUUUCAAUUGGGACAAGUUACUUUAAAUGCAUGGACAAUAAUUAAAAUUGUGAAUAGUUGUUGGUAAAUAUUUCUUAUGCAUACGAUAUUCUCGUAUAUUGCCAUGAGAAACUUCAAAUAUGAUUCAGUUAGUAAUGUUUAUAAUUAAACAUUUGUUGCAUACGUGCAGACAAAUAAUUGUAUACGUACAUAAAAAUUUUUUAAAAUAUUUUUAUGUUAUACAUUUUUAUAUUUAAAAGACCAUUUGUUAAAUAUGAUUAUGUCAUUGUUUGUACACAAUAUAUAACUGUAGAUUAGUUAUCAUCACAGUUUUUUUUUAAUCGACCUAAUUCUCGUUUUUAACGUCUGUUCACUAUAUACGUAAUUUAUCGUCGAUUAUUCACGUUUCGGACACCACACCGUGACGGAGCACAUUGUAGUCUGUCGUGUUGACGGUUGUAUCAUAAUUACGAAUAUCUAUUCACUUUGCAAGAUUUUGAAAUCAAAUGUGAUGCAGUUUUAUAUACAGAAUUAUUCUGUAAAUCUAUUUACAAUUUGCUUUUUUGCUGUUAUAUCAUAUUUCUAAAUAGCCAUUAUAAUAUUUCUAAACCAAGUGUCGUGAUAUUUGGAUAACGUAUUUCAUCUUAGACGUGAUUGUACUUAAAACCAUUAUUCUAAGAUCUCUACUAAGCGUGCAGAAGUGCCUAACAGUUGUCACGUGAAUUACAGAAUGGCAGUCGUUAGAAUUUGAUUUGGGAUCUGUGAUAUUUCAAGACGAAAGCACUUUGCCUCACAAAUGUCGGAAAGCAUGGCAGUGAUAACUAGUCAAUGCUCACGGAGAUUUUUGCCUUUUAAAAGGUACAAUUGAUUGUAUAUUAGCAUUUUCAGGAGUAUAUUUUGUGCAACAUUUUGUGUAUAAUUGUGCGUUAAUAUCAGUUGUCCAUUUCUUAUGAAAUUUUAUUUUUAUCCAAAUAUACAUUUCAUUUAUUAUUUCUCAUGUGUUCAACCAAUCUAGUCUAAACGUGUGAUUAAUGGGAAAUUACGACAGAAUUUUUUUAUGUUGUUUUUAACCAUUUUCGUAAUGUUUUACUUAGAACCAUCCUGGAUCUGGAGGCAACUGAAAAGGGACUGUUUGAAAACAUUGUUCAUAUUUGCUCAUAUAAUUUAUGUGCAUAGGAAAAAAAUUAUCUAAUUAUAUUAAAAUAGCUUACCAGAUUUAAAAUUUCAUGAUAUAAAUCGUUUUACAUUGUUGUUUUUUUGAGUAUAUGUCAAACAAAUUUUUAAUUCAUGAAGGUGAUUGUGAUUUCACUAUCUUCAUGUGGUUCUUUAAUAUAUAUAUAUAUAUUAAAAAAAAAGAAAUUUAAGAAGUGCAAAUUUUUUUUGCACAUAUUGAUGUAUCAUGUUAUUGUUGAGAAUUGCAUCUAUUUCACUUUUUUCAUACGGAUAUUACAGCUUAGCUUAAUUAAUCUAUGUAUAGAUAGAGUGGGGUUUUUUAAGCCAGUGUUUUUCCUGCCUGUAUAUACAUAUAAAUAAAAAAAA